CCUUCGUUAGACAGCUACCUGACAGGUGUUCCUCUCAUGUCGGCUGUGUAUGCCAGGUCACAGCUACAAGUCCUCCCUACAGUCCCAGACCCUGACCAAAAGAGAGUGGAGAUGCUGCUGUUUCCUGGGCUGUGGUUCAGCCAUGCUGGCCAGGUGGUAUCAGUGGAGCUGGUCAGCCAGCCAAGAGAAGUGUCCACCUUGGUCAGAGUUCAGAUCCUCCGGCCCUACUGCAGCCCCCACCAUCACCUGGUGCCCCCAGGUUGCAGCUCUCUCCUGAACCCGUUCAGUUGUUGCUCUACCACUCCUCUGUGUAACACUACGGGAGGCUGUGCCCUGGGACAGUACUGGUGCCACCUGUUGGAGGCCUGUGUCCCUGUCACCAGCCCCUGCAGUCCCUACAACCAGUCCCCCUCUACAGGGGAGCGCAGCUACCCCCUGCCACCCAGAUACCCUGACAUACCCCCCUUCUACCACCUGGUGGCAGACUUGCCCAUGAGAGUGGCUCCUUGCUCAGAGCCUGCUCAUAUUAGUAUCCUGCCAGAGAGGGAGAUCAGUGUUUACCCCGAUGACAUUCUGUCCGUCCAACACACCGGGAGACCUGGAACCUUCCUGAGUUGCCGCGACAAUGCCUCCUCAUCCUCCUCCCCCUGGCGACAGAGCUACCUCUCCCUGCAAGGGGCGGAGUGGGGGGGCUGGUGGGAGGGGGGCCUCUCGUCCCCGCCAAAUGGAGGACAGUGGGUGGACGGGGUUGUGUGCGACCUACGGGUGCUGUACGUGGACACACUGCACGGGCAUGGCUAUAUUUCAAGUACGGGCCAGAGUGAACUUAGUGGCUUCACUCAUAUCGGGAGCAUCAGUACGCCCAUAAGUAUGACCCCUGAAACCUCAGCUCCUGCCCCAGCAAAAAGUCACAUUUCUGGGCUUUGUAUGAUCCAUCCCCUGCCUGAUGGAGACAACCAGAUCCAUAUAUUGGUUGACACUCCUGUACUCAUUGUGAUUAAAAUAUUAUCUGGAAAAGGGGCCACCAGCUCCUGGUUGGCUCCGGUGCUCCAGAGAGGGGUCCCUUUCCUCCCGUCCUGCCCAGGAGGGUUACCUGACUCUUGGCCUGGUUGUGAGAGAGACUCCCCUGACAGCUGGUUCUCCCACAUGUCCCUGGUGCUACCCUCAGUGGGUGUCCACACUCUAAACGUCAGUGCUGUGAAUGGAGUGAGUGAACAGAGUACCUGUGUACAGGUGUGUGUCUAUGAGCCGGUGGCUGGGCUCAGUGUAGAGCCACAUGGACACCUGAGGAUGCUGGUGGACUUGUCACAGACAUUUACAGCCACGGCGGAGACUGGUUCCUCAGUAAAGUACACCUGGGUGAUUGACGAGCUAGAGAAGUUUCCCUAUGAGGGAGACACCUAUAGUGUGAUGUUCAAGAAGCCAGCUGAGUACAAACUGAAGGUGACUGCAGCCAAUGCAGUGAGCUCCCAGACCCUAGAGGUCACUCUGACUGCUGACACCAUGACCCCUCUGGCCGACCCAGAAUUCCUCUCUGUCAAGGAGGUCAUCGCUGUGGCCGCGCUGCGUCUCUACACUUUCAGAGUCAAAGUGGAUGUCUCCCUAGGUGUCACUUUCAGGUGGUCUUUUGGGGAUGGCAGUGCCCAGGAGAACCACACCUUUCCUGCCCCGUUUGAAUCCCAGGACAGGCCAAUGGAGCGAGGAGUGAGACAGGUGUAUGUGCAAGACUCUGUGAGCCACGUCUACCUACAGCCAGAUGACUACACACUGACUGUACAGGUCUACAACCAAUACGACAACAUCAAGCGGGCAAUAUCAGUGAAGGUACGGCCUCCAUUGACUCGUAUACUCAUCUUUCCAUCUCCUCCGGUUCCCCUGGUCAACCAGACCUUUCUUCUAGAAGCCUCUUCACACCCAUCUCACUACGGAAUCCUCUACACUUGGAACUUUGGGGACGGUUCAAAACAAGUCCAAGGAUUCCAUGGCAAAGUUAGCCAUGUUGCUCGGACCACUGGGGUUUAUAACAUGACUGUGUGCGCUAACAACACCUUGACUGCACUGACAGCCUGGGUGGCCGUGGCAGUGGUGGAGAAGGUGUCUGGACUCCAGUUGAGCUGUAGUGGACCCAGUGAACUGAAGUCUGUGACUGAAAUCAAGGGCAAAGUGGCUUCAGGUUCCAGUCUUCACUGGGACUGGAACUUUGGUGACGGGUCUGGACAUAAAAACAUCACAGACAACUCUGUAUCCCAUGUCUACGAGUCCCCAGGGAGUUACACAGUCAGAGUGACUGUGUCUAACGCAUUCAGCCAGGCUAGCCAGUCCAUCAGUCUGGAAAUCUACAGGUUGACCAUCAGUGGAAUUCUGCCAUCGGAGUGUUCGGAGACAGAGAAAGAGAUACAGCUCCAAGCACUGGUGAAUGGGAAUGUUUCCAUGCUGACUUUCCAUUGGAAUUUCGGGGAUGAAUCACCUUUGUCAGUACAGAAGGGAAAGUCUGUUGUUACUCACACUUAUUCAAACCCUGGGAUUUAUAAUGUUAACGUUACUGUUCUCAGUAUAGUAGGAUCUGUCUUUUAUGAUGCCAACGUUUGCAUUGAGGCCCCCAUUACUGGGAUAACCAUCUGCCCAUCACAGGAUGCUGUGGCAGUAGGAGAAGAGGUGUGUUUUAAUGCAGUUGCUGACUCAAAAAGACAACCCACUGGAUAUCAGUUCCUGUGGUUCAAUCAUUCCUCCAACAGCUCUCCUAUAAGAGGACUGGCUCGUCAUUGCUUUGUGUAUAAGGAGGAAGGGAUCCAUGAUGUUUCAGUGAUGGCAAGUAACAAAGUCAGCCAGAGAAUAGCCCAAGCCACUGUUGCUGUGCAGAAGCCUGUGAGUAAACCAUCCAUAGCACAUAGUAGUCAAAGCAACACACUGACUGUCAAUGAGAAGAUUACACUUUGGGUGAAGAGCUGCACUGGGACCAAUGUUUCUGUGCAGUGGGACUUUGGUGACGGCUCACCACUGGCAAAGAGUCAAAAUGUCUCCCAUGUCUUCACUUCCGCAGGCAGGUUUACAGUCAAGGCCACAGCUUCUAAUGCAGUUAGCCGGGAUUCUGUUAACCUGGAAGUGAACGUACUGCUUCCUGUGUCAGAGCUGACACUGAAAAUCAGCCAGCCAUUUGCAGUAGUAGGGGAAGAGACUGUCAUAACAGCAGUUGGCAAUGUUGCAGGUAAUGUCAAUUUCUACUGGUCAGUGGAUGGCCCUGCUACCCCUGAGCUUGGGAUGUCUCACUUUCAGUAUGUGUUCCCUAAAGCAGGUGUGUAUCAGGUCAAAGUCACAGCCCAGAACCUGGUGAGCCAACAGGAGGCAGCCAUUUUGAUUGUAGUUUUAGAGAGAAUACAGGGGCUUCAGAUCUCAAGUCAGAGCCUGACUUCCAUGAGUUACAUACCAACCAGAGAGAGUGUCUUGCUCACUGCGUCAGUAACACACGGCUCCAAUGUCACUUACCAUUGGCUAGCCAACCAGAGAGGUGUGACCCAAACUGCCAGUGUUGGUGAGCACUUUCCGUGGUUCACUGAAACUCCAGGUAAUAUAUCUGUUGAGUUGACAGCUUCCAACGGACUUGGUAAGACAACCAGCUGUGUUUCUCUAAAGGCAGUGGAGCGAGUUUCAGGGGCUAGAAUGUCAACAGCUAGAGACACUGUACCGUUAGGGAAGUAUAUCAAUAUCUCUGUAACUGUGGAGACCGGAUCUGACCUCCAGUAUCUCUGGAAUGUGAGCUCAGACCUUUCACCCUUACAGAACAAUGUUCCUUUUCUUCUUUACGUGUUUGAGACUCUGGGUUCUUGUUCUGUCAGUGUGUCAGUCCAGAAUGUUCUCGGUUCAAGCAACACAUCCAAACAUUUCACAGUUCAGGAGGAGGUUACAGAUGCAGACUUUCAGAUAGGUGGCAAGACACAUCCGUUCUUUAUAACGUCAAAUACUCAAGUUGCACUCUAUGGAUAUGUCCAUAAAGGGAAUGAUCAGCACUGGGAGUGGAAAGUUGUUGGGUGUACUGGAGGUGCUGUGGUUUUGAACAACAAUCAGUCAGUUAUCUACACCUUUACAGAUGUAGGGGUCUAUAAAGUCUCUCUGAAUGUCUCUAAUGGUAUUAGCUGGCAGACAGUUUCACACAGAGUCACCAUCCAGGACACUAUUCAGGGCUUGACUCUAAACCUUAGCAGGUCUACAGUCUGCGCUGAAGAUCAUAUUGCUUUUACACCAGUCGUUUCCAAAGGAACCAAUGUCAGCUUCUCUUUAGCCUUUGACGAAGUUGAGUCAUCAAAUGACCUUGUUGAGGUAAGCUUCACCACCUCCACCCUCCCAGUUGGGUCUCACUCUGUCACAGCCCGAGCCUGGAACCAGGUGAGCAACUCCCAGGUGUCAUUGACCGUCCAGGUGGUAGAGAGGAUCGGGGGCCUACGAUUGGUCAACUGCUGUUCCACUGCUCUUGAAGCUCUAAAGGAGAUCCCUUUCCAAGCAAAUGUCAUGAGUGGUUCUCCAACCGAUUACAUCUGGACGAUCCAAUUAGAAGGGCUUCAGCCCUUACAGGUAAUUGGACAGGAAGUGAUGUAUACCUCACCCGGAAGUGGUUCAUUGUUUGUGGGUGUGAUGGCCAGCAAUGGCUUCUGCUCUGAAACCCUGAAUGAGACAGCCAUUGUUCAGUUGCCCGUGAGGGAGGUCAAGAUUGUUUGUGAUUCUACAGCAACCUUUAGAGGCUAUAGUGUCAGAUUCUCAGUCACAGUAAAUGGUGGCAGCAAUUUGAGGUUUCAAUGGGUCUUUGAAGACUCAAGUGAAGGAGUUGUCAUCACAAAAUCCAGUACAGUGAACCACACAUAUCUCACUGCUGGAAAAUAUAUUGUUAAAGUCACAGCUUUCAAUAAUGUCAGCCAGGUCUCCACACAACUGCUCACUGAGGUGAGAGAACUCCAGUGCUCCCUCCCUCAAGUCACUUUAGUCCAGGGCCAAUCCACAAUCCUCAAGUCUAGAUCCAGCUACUUUGAAGCAAGCGUAGACAUCAAAGGCUGCACCGCAUACAAGACCAUGUACCUAUGGGAAGUGUUUAGGGGGAGUGGCUGUGGAGCUGACAAGACUGACAGCAAUCUGGUAACCCAAAGCAGUGGACAUCCAGUAACCCUGAUUAACCUGGGGAUUGUGACUACGCCACUAUUGUCCCUCCCUAAGCAGGCCCUGGAGGUGGGCCAGUACUGCCUGGGGUUCACUGUCUCUCUCCAGGGAACCCCUCUACAUCUGCACAGGACGUCCAGGCUCUCUGUGGUUCACAGCUCCCUGGUACCCAUCAUCAGGGGGGGAUCGCAUAGACUGGUGCCCAGCCACAGUGACCUGAUCCUGGAUGGGUCAGAGUCCCAUGAUCCUGAUGUGGAUCUGGGAGAGGAAGGGGAGCUGAAGUACCACUGGGAUUUCAUCACUGAGAACUCUACUGAGUGGUUGUCCCAGGACCAGGACCAGCUUUUAGGGUAUAACAGCAGCAGGUUGACUGUCCCCAGCAGGAAGCUACAGCCAGACAGGGUCUACCUCUUCACCCUCACUGUCCAAAAGGAAGGGAGGAGACCUAUCUCCACUACACAGUCUGUGGCGGUAUCUAAAGUUGCAGUGCUUCCUGUAAGUGUGGAGUGUGUUUCCUGCAGUACUCUCUCUUCUUUCCGUGUCAGCCAGAGUCGCCCCAUUGUGCUCUCUGGUUGUUGUGAUAAGUGUGGCAGCCAUGUUCAGUACAAAUGGAGCGUAGAGGAUCAGAACGGUGUGACCCUUGACCUGAACGAGGUCACCACUACGGGCAGUCUCUCUCCUGACCUGGUGGUCCGACCGGAGGUGCUGCAGGAGGGGUAUAACUAUACCUUCACCCUAAAUGUUACCCACCCUGCUGGGGGAAGAUGGGGGUGUGCUAGCCUGACCCUCCUGCCCAACCCUCCACCCCAUGGAGGGGUGUGCACUCUUACCCCAGGUCCUGGGGAGAGAAUACGCCUGCUGGAGACUGUGGUCACAUACAACUGCUCAGGUUGGCUGGAUGAGGAUAGUGAGUCCCCCCAGCUUAUCUAUAUUCUACAGGUGGCAUCAUCAUGCCCAGGCUGGGGCAAAGCAUGUCCCCUUCUCACCCUCUACAGGGGUACCCAGCGUACAUUUGGCAGCCUAGUUCCUCUGGGGGAGGCGGGGCCAGAGAAGGACCUGUCAAUCAUCUCUGUGAUCCUGCAGGUAGAGGACCACCUGGGGUCAAAGGUCACCGCACUUAACAGAACUAUAACAGUGCUGAGACCUGUGGAUGGAGAUGGGAUCACAGAGUGGCUGAGGAACAAGAGUCAAACCGAACUAUGGGGUUUACUCCAACAGGGUAACCCACAGCAGCUCAUUCCCUAUUCCAUUGCCCUCACCAGCCAGCUCAACCAGGUGGAUCAGACUUUGAGUGAGCAGGAUCUCAGGGACAGGAGGGAGAUCAGGGGGAAUGUGACACAGGUGCUGGCCUCUUUGUCUGUGUCCUCUCUACAGGAUGCAGCCCAGAUCAGCUUUGCCCUGGCCCAGUCCACUGCAGUCCCAAGUGAGGUGGUGUGUGAGGGCUGUCAGGAGAAUGUUCUAGAAUCUGUGGGGAGAAUGAUCAGGGUUAUGGAAGAGCAGACGGGACUAGGAGACGACACAGCCAUAGACACAGGCAGGAACAUCCUCCAUGUAAUAGGCAGUUCAUUGGCUGCUGUGUCCGAGUCCAAGCUCAUCUCCUCUGGUCCUCACACUCACUCUAACGUAUCUGAAACUGCAGUGUCAGCCCUGGACCAUGCCAGGGCUCUCAUGCGUAUUCUGAUGCGCUCGCGGAAACGCGACGAGGAACCCCUCUCUCUCUCUGCUCCACAGAUCAGUGCCGUUGGUUACCAUGGAAACCCCUCAGAACUCCUCUGCACCACUGAUCCCUCCGUCGACACCCGCCAAUCAAACCAGUCCAACAAAUCACAAUUAAACCCUUCUUCUUCCUUCUUCAAUGACAAGCCAGAGUCAUACCCACCAUACCCGCCCUGCCAGUUCCUCAUUCCCCCCUCUCUCAGUGCCCAGCUCCAGCGUCAGGUCCGGGGGUCUGAGGUGGUACAGAUUCUCCUGGGUUUGGAAGGGGGGUCUGAGUUCCUCUCUGCAGCCAACCCACCCAUUUCUACUUCUCUGGCUGCCAUGGAGUUCACCACGCCCCAGGGACAGCCCAUACCCAUUGCUAACCUGGACACUGACAGAUCUAUCAGGGUUACUUUGCCCAAAAUAUAUACUGUAGGAAGGAUCAGCACUGGGGAUCGGGCUAGUGGUGGGAGUGGAAGUGGGUCUGGGGCUGGGGCUUGGUCUAAAUCUAGUGGUAUUGACAGAGACGAGGGAAGAGCCCCAAUGGUUAACUUUACACUCCGAGCCAAAGGGUGGCUGAAUUUUACAGUGAGGGCAGUGAAGAAUAUGGAUCCCAAUGCUGGACUGUACAUCUCCUUAAACUUCAGCCUGCUUCCAGGAGCUUCUCUGGUGGGCUCAGGACAUGUGAGAAUCACAGUGGCCACCCAGCCAGGUCAUCCUGCAUCCCAUGAUUCCCUAGUCAGAGAGCUGACUCUCUCCCUCUCCACCCAGACAGCCAUGGAGGACACCAUCUUCCUCUCUCCUCUACUUAACAGCACAGUACAAUCUCUCUUUGUGAACCUGACAUCCAGCCUGAGUGGAGCUCCAGUCCGGGCCUCAGUGUGUGUGUUCAGCUCUCUGUGUCAGUACUACAGCCUGAGGGAGAGGCGCUGGAGCACUGAGGGCCUCCGGCCACUGGAGGGCAGCACCCUCCACUCAGCACACUGCCUCACUCAGCACCUCACCAUGUUCGGGGCCAGUCUGUUUGUCCACCCAGACGCUGUGGUGCUACUGCCACCGUCCAGUGGUCCAAUGCGUAAUGUGGUUGUGGGGAUUGUGUGUGCUGUCCUGGUUCUGAUCCACUUCCUCCUGGGUCUGAUCACCCACAAACUGGACCACCUGGAGAGCCUGAGACUAUGCCAUGUACCACUGUGUGGCCGACCUGGACGCUACAGCUACAGAGUCCUGGUCAAAACAGGCUGGAGACGAGGAGCAGGCACGACGGCCCAUGUGGGCAUCAGUCUGUACGGGGUGACUAAAAGCGGUUCACGCCACCUGCAACGGGAGGGGGCAUUCCAACGAAGUGGUCUGGACCUGUUCCACCUGGAGACGGACAGCAACCUGGGAGAGGUGUGGAAGAUACACCUCUGGCAUGACAACACAGGUCUGGACCCGUCGUGGUACGUGCAGCAUGUGGUGGUGUGGGACCCUCAGACAGACCACCUGUUCUACUUUCUGGUAGAAGACUGGCUGUCUGUGGAGAACGACAGGAACGAAGGAGGAGGGACAGUGGAGAAGGAGAUGUUGGCCUCCUGUCCUGUGGAGCUGUCUAAGUUCCGACGUGUUCUCUCCUCCCAGCUGGCGUUUGGAAUGCUGGAGCGCCACCUGUGGCUGUCUCUAUGGGAACGCCCCGCCCUCAGCCGCUUCAUGCGGGGGCAGAGGGUGACAGUGUGUGCCCUCCUGCUACACCUCUACCUCGCACUAGGGGCAGUGUGGUACGGGGCUGUGGGUACAGAGGGGCAUAGUGGACCGGUUUCGGCUCGGUUGCUUGUAACCUGGGAAACAGUUGCCGUGGGGAUGACAAUUGCCAUCCUGGUGUUUCCUCUCCAGUGUCUCCUCUGCUUCCUGUUCCGAAAGACUCACAGCCAGGUAGCGGUGGAUAUGUCAGUGCCUCCAUCCCCUGUGUGUCAGUCAGUGGAGAUGGACGUCUAUCUCGGCCAAUCAGAUAUGUCCUGCUCCUCCUUCCUGUCUUUGCCUGGAGGACCUGAUCCGUCAGGCCUGGAUGGAGACACACCCUCUUCUCUGAUGGGAAGCAAGGCAUUCAACGCUGAGUUCUGGAAUGCCACUAACCUGGGAGUGGAGAAGGAUGAAGAUGGCAUGACACUGUGGUCAUCCUGUGACAGCCUCACUGACCUCCCAGGGCCCUCCUGUGACAGCCUCACUGACCUCCCAGGGCCCUCCUGUGACAGCCUCACUGACCUCCCAGGGCCGUCCUGGGAAAUAACCUCGGACCCCUUGGGGUCAUCCCUGGGUCCUGCCCGUCUGCUGAAGAGGAAGAAAGCCCUGAUGAAACUAUGCCUAGCCUCACCCUCCUCACCCCAAUUUCUUGUCUGCAACUCCCCACCAUCCCAAUCCUUAUCUGGCCUGCCUCCAGACCCCAGCCACAGCCACAGCCACAGUCACAACCUGCAACCCAAUGUCUUUACCCUGUCUGAGGAAGACCUGCUGAGGUCUAUAGCAGCAGAGACAGGCAACAGUCCCUCAACAUCAGACAGUGGCCGCUACUCCCCCAGGACGACCUCUCUGUCCCACACCCAGAGCCAGGGCAGUUCCAGCAGUGUUUGGUCUGAGCUGAGUGUGGACAAACCACUCUAUGGGACAGAGAUCCACAACCCCCCCUGCUCUCCCACCUCUCUGUAUGGGACAGGGCUGUUUAGGCCUUCCUCAUCUCUCUCUGUCUACUCCAUCGCCAGUACCUUCCUCCCCAGUCCCUCCCCUGACUCCACAGACUCUACCACACGCAUAGGUGUGGCCCGUGGCAAGCCCAGCUGGCUGCUCCCGCCCUGGGCACUGCGUGUAAUUUACCCCCUGGUUGUGUUGUUGCUGGGGGCCUGCCUGGCUGUAGUAGGCCUCUAUGGGAGUCACUUCUCUAGCUCAGUGGUCCUGAUGUGGCUCAUCUCAGCCCUGUCUGCCUUCCUCACCUCCGCUCUGCUGCUGGAGCCUCUCAAAGUGUGUGUGCAGGCGUUGUUCUAUGCUGUGGUGUUAAGGCCUGUAGACCCUGAGGUGAAUGAUCGGCUGGGGCAGGAGACCGUCAUUAAGAGGGAGGGGGGCAAGCAGAGGGGCAAGGUGCUCCCCCCUUGUGGGUUCGGCCUACUGCAAGCCAAGGAGGAGGCCAGGAAAGUGAGAGCGCUACGAUCCCUCAUGAAGCACUGUGUGUGCCACAUGUUGUUCCUGUUGGUGGUGUUGAUGGUGAACUACCAGGACAGUGUUCAGGAGACCCAGGGAAGACUGCUACACUCUGCCGUCAAACACUCACUGACCACCAACCUCAACACCAUCACUGGGUGGGAGGGGGCGUGGCUGUGGAUGGACAACAUCCUGGUGCCACACCUUCAUCAGAACCCCGCCCUCCACCUGGUGGGGUUACCACGGAUACGCUGUAUACACACUCCAGACCAUAAUAAGGCCGUCUCUCUGGGGAACAGCAGUUUUACCACACGCCAGCUUCUCUCUGGCCUAUACAGCACACACUGGACCACAGCACAGUUAAAGGCUGUGUCCAUUGACUUCACCCAGUACCAUAGAGAGACUAGUCUGUUUGUGUGUGUGUCGGUUCUGCUAGAGAAGACCCAGAUACACACACUCAUCUCCUCCCUCUCCAUCCAUCCUCUACUCAUCCCCCCAUCCUCCUCAGGACCAGACCUGCAGAUUGCACUCAUGGUGCUUCUGCUCCUCUCUGCCCUCCUCUUUCUGGGGGUGGAGCUAUGGGCCAUGGCUACAGCCCAGUACGUGCGUCAGAGCUGGCGCUGGCUACAGCUCCUCCUCACCUCUUUGUCCCUGGCGACGGCCGCGCUGCGAUUCUGCUUCCUGUCCCAGGCUGCUUCCUGUCUGUCCCAGCACCGCUCCAUACCAGACUCCUUCACUGAGUUCCACAGUGCCGCCCUGCUGGCCAGGAGGUCCACACAGAUAUCAGCCAUACUGCUCACUCUGCUGGUACUCAAGAUGGUGGGUACUCUGAGGUACGUGCGGAGGUGGGUGGUGUUUGGUCGAGUGCUUCAGCUGGCAUGGAGAGAGAUGGCUGCUGUGGCUCUACUAAUGAUCUUACUGCUGCUGCUCUUCUCUCACACUGGACACAUGCUCUUCUCCGGGUCUGUGGAUGGGUUUGUGUCUGUGCACCAGGCUGGUGUGUCUGUGCUGUCUGUGCUGCGUGGUCGCCUGGUCCUCCAGAGGCUCAGCAGGGCUCACCCUGUCCUCGGACCCCUCUAUGCCCUCUCUCUGCUGGGGAUGGGAGGUUGGCUGCUGGCCCGUCUCUCUGGAGCUGUUCUGCUCCGCACGUACAGGGUUGUGCAGGCUGAGAUGUACAGGCCAGCCAUGGAGCCCCAUGACUAUGAGAUGGUGGAGUUCUUCAUCAAAAGACUGAAGCUCUGGAUGGGACUUAUUAAGGCCAAGGAGUUCAGACACAGGGUGAAGUUUGAGGGCAUGGUGGUGCCUCCCUCCAGAUCAUCCCAAGAAUCAUGUCUCUCCACCAUCUCGUCCUCCCUCUCCUCCCCCCAUCCCCUGUCCUCCGCCCUCUCCCUGGGUUCUGAGGACUCGGGUGUGUCCGCUCCGGGUUUAGACGUUCAGCCCAACCUGGACCGCCUGCUUUCCUGCGUCAACAGUCUGCUCUCACGGUUCGACCACGUUAACCAGCUGACCGCAGACAUUCACGGUCUGGAGACGCAGCUAGAGGAGGUGCAGAGCAGGAGGAGGAAGAGGGGGCCGCAGGGACUUGGAAGAGGAGAAGAGGGAAGAGAAGGUAGAGGAGUGGCGAUGGGCAGUAGGAAAACUCUGCUACCCCCUCAAUCUCGCAUCUCCCUCCCUUCCUUUCCUCCUUCUUCUUUCAACCCCAUUACCCUUCUCUCCUGCCCUCCCUCCACCAAUCCCUCCUUCGCUCACGUUCACAGCUCCUACUCUGAGUCUGUCAUUCUCCAACCUCACCCACACCCACCCAGAGACACUCACCUCUCCGAAGCAACCAAGCUCACACAAAGGAGCUCUGGCCUGGGCUUGGGCACUGGGCCUUCCGGGUGUCCUGGAGCCAGGCAGUUUCCUAGACGUCGAGCCUGGCACUCAGGGAGUUCUCACUCGGCUGAUGCAGCUCAGAGGCCCCCCCAGGCCCCUGGUGGUGGUAUUGGGGUCAACACGAAAGCCAGGCCCUGUAGUGAGGAGGGGGACAGGAGACGUGCCAGUGAGGGACUGCCUGUGAAGAGACGGGCCUGGAUCUCAGAGGGGCCUGAGACAGACAUAGUCUAAAACUGAGAGAGAGACUGAGACAGAGAUUAAAGUGCCUAUUACUGUGGGUAUACAGUAUCUAGUGUAUGAAGUUUAUCCAGCUAUGUAUCCAGCUAUGAAGUGUGUAGUACUACUUCGAGACAAGUUUUCCCACUGUUGUGUACCUCUUUACUAGUGCUUCUGCAUUAGAUAUUCUACAUACGUAUGCUGAGGUUGUAUACCUUGUACUUCUUGUGUAUCUACUGUAUAAUAAAUAUUUAAAUAGAGGAUUAUUUUGUCAUCUCCAAGAACCGUGGAAUAUAUUUUUCCUGCUGAUCAAUACCAGUAGUAACAUUGGGUUUGGUGUUUAAUGUCCUCUAUAUUUUCUAUCUGUACCAAGUAGUGACAUGCAGCAUUAAA